ACGGAGUAGUAUAUUGCUUAUUAGGAAGCGGAGGGAGUAUUAUUGAAGUACGUACAAAGAAAAGCUGGACAAGUAUCACAAAUUCACAAUAAACAUGAUUUGGAAAGCAUUUGUUUUAUACGGAAUAAAACUAGACAUAAAUAAAAUAAUUGCUCUUAUAUUACCAUAGUCUACUGUAUUAAUUAUUAUUCAAUCCAUAAAAAAACAAGAGCAUAAAUUAAAAAGAAAAUACAAAAAAUGGUUUCAGAACGGAAACAAACGUCACUCUCACACUUUGUUCAACCUGAGACACUCUUCUGCACUUUCUCUCUCCUCCUCUUUCUCUCUCUCUCCAGCUCUUUCCUGUUCUUCAAGAAUCUUUGCUUCACAAAUUCUCUCUCCUCCUCUGCUUUUUCAUCCACUUUCCUUAUUUUCAUCCCGAUUUUCUUCCUUUUUAUGAUUCUUUCCAUUUUCUAAAACCACCCAUUUCCCACUGUUUUCCAUCAAUUUCCCAGGAAUUUCAAUCAAAAUUGACCCAAAUUGAUUCAUACCCAGAUAAAUUCUCUGCAAAUUAAGAGCAACCCAGAUAAUGGGGUGCUCUCAAUCGAAGAUCGAGAACGAAGAAGCAGUGUCACGAUGCAAAGACAGGAAAGCGUUCAUGAAAACAGCUGUUUCCGCGCGCAACGCUUUCGCCGCCGCGCACAUCUCCUACACCAUGUCCCUCAAAAACGCCGGCGCCGCCCUCAGCGACUUCGCUCAAGGUGAAGUGAUGAACCCUCUUUCUCUUUCCUCUGCUCCGGUGGGUCCCACCCCAGGUGGGGUUGGCCCCUCAAUCGGAGAACUCCCAUCUCAGGCGCCACCGCUACCCCCGGCGGUGCGUGAUUUGCCGCCUCCUCCGCCGCCGCUGCAGCGCGCGACGUCGAUGCCGGAGUUUGUGGUCAAGCCGGGGCCGAAGCCGGUUCCGGAGGAUACAAUUGAUGAAGGUGAAGAGGUUGACGCCGAUUGAAGAGGAAGAAGAAGAGGAGGAACUUAA